ACAGUAAGGGACGGUCUGGGAUGGACAGUAAGGGACGGUCUGGGAUGGACAGUAAGGGACGGUCUGGGAUGGACAGUAAGGGACGGUCUCUGCCCUCGAUGCCAGAGGCCCUCAACCCAGUCAGCAUGAAGCAGCCGUCUGAGCCCCUGGGGGGGAGGAAGGGUCGGGGUGGGGGGGACCUGGGGGCGGACCCGGCCCUGCUGAUGGACAAGGCAGCUGCUCAGCUGGCUYUGACGCUCCAGGACAGUGUUCUAAACAACAUGGCCUCCCAUGGUCAUAGUCAUGAGAGGCUGAAGGACCUGACGUCCCUCAUGCUGAACGGCGACCAGGACAAGCUGCCCAAGUUGUGCCCCCCUGAGCCCCUCACCCUGAAGGGUGCUGAGGCCCCCCCCUCCCACCCCAGCCCCCAGAGGAAGGCCAACUCCCCCGAGAUUAAACUGAAGAUCAACAAGAUGGUGUCCAAGGGGAAGCCGCCGCGCUUCGAGCCGUGCUGUGGAGAGGGACCCAACCUGCCCACGGAUACUGAGGGCCUCGUGGCUCUAGCCAGCAAGGAGGGGAGGAGAAAGAGAAGACCCAUUAAACUCAAACACAGCUCUACCUCUAACCCUGUUCCUGUGGAGGUGUCUGCUGCCAGUCAGCCAGAGGAGGGCACUGCUACCCCACAACAGAUCCAGCAGGUCAGUACUCUGGUGGGGUUGGAGGAGGAGAGCCUGGAGGAGGAGGAGUCUAUCCCUGUCCAUGCAGGGUUCUCCGUGGGUGAUGUGGUGUGGACCAAGGUGUCAGGUUAUCUCUGGUGGCCCUGCAUGGUGUCCACUGAUCCAGAACUCAACACACACCUCAAACACAAAGCAAUUAACAGCCGGACAGCUGGAAUCAUGUACCACGUCCAGUACUUUGGAGACACCCUGGAGAGAGGCUACAUCUUUGAGAAGAACAUGGUGUCAUUCAGGGGGGAGGAGCAAUAUGUCGAYCUCUGCCAUGGCAACAAACAACKUGCCUCCCGGGUCGUCCACAGGAAGAGUACCACUCCGUCUGUUCCUCGUAAGGUCCAUGCCCAGUGGGUGGUGGGCAUCACUCAAGCCAAAGAGGCUGCCUGCCUGGCCCUGGAGGAACGCCUGGUCAAGUACACCUUUACCCACGAUAGUGGCGGACCACACCUCAACCCCCGCGUGCUGGCUAAGCUUUACCCUGCUGAGCCUGGCCCUUAUCCUGUACCAGACCUGGAGCAGAAACCAUCCAGGCUGAGCCCCCAGGCAGACAGCAGCACUUCCCUGGGGAAGAAGAGAGGAGGCCCCAGAAAAACAGAUGGGAAACGGAAGCAGACUACUUUUACACAGAAAAAGAAAGCUAAKAUCGUGGUCUCCCCUAAAGGACCAACACAGAUGCUGUUUCAGGAUGGCCUCUCCACCACCUCAGAGACUGAACUACUUGAAUCUCAGAACCAGAGGAGGUCCAAACUGAAAACUGAGAGGACGAGAUCCAAAGGGGUUGUUGUGACCACAGACAUCCCAGAAACCCCGUCAGCUGCACCUACAGCUAUAGGUAGGAAGGAACGUCAGAAGCAGCAGCCUGGUCAACAGCCCGGUAAACCAGCUCUGAAGGAACUGAGGCGAAGGACCAACAAAGCGGUAAAACAACGUCUGAAGGAGACUGUUAGGAGAAGGACCAACAGCCGGACCAAGCGCUCGCCAGACUGCAACUCAGGUAAGAUACCUCUCCUGUCUAAGGAUCCACCCUCAAAACCAAACAGGACAAAGCGCUCGUCCAGACUGCCCCUCAG